GAUAGGCUACCGAUCCAUGAAUUUCAAGAGUUUCCCUUAUCAUUAAACAAAGCUACGCCUUGGAUAUAAUACGUUUACCCAAUUUGAGUAGUAAAAUGGGACAAUUUCCAGGAUGCUGAUACGGUCUAAAAAGUACAUAAGUUGUAUUUGACUGUAGGCUUUUAAUAUCAGAAAGAAAAAUCUAUUGUCGAAGCACUGGACAAAAAGAAAAUCAACACAUUUAAAUUUCGGGCUACUCGAACAGAGGCAUUGAAACUAUUUUCUUUCGAAAAUUCCAGAUCAACAAAGAAACAUGAACAAAGACUCCUGUAUCUAAAAUACGUACCCGUAUGCACAACCCAUCCAUUAAAAUACAGAUAUCUUUCUGGCCCCUCCCAAAAAUUAUUUCAUCACCAAAAUCAAACUCUCAAACUUGCAAUCAUGAACUCAGACUCCGAAUAUGAUCGACUCCUUGUACGAUUUGUUGGACCAGGCAAUCAAGUAACCCGAAGACCAUUAUCCAAAUUCGCAAUGAUGGAAGGUGAAGAUUCUAUACAGAUGUCUCUCCUUUCUCCUCCUACCUUAAGUGAGCAUAAAUCAACAUCGCAGAAUCAUCAUUGGGAUGUUAUCCCGGAAUGGAAUAGAUUAUCAAAGGGAAGAGAUGAAUUUCGGGAUUUUAAUGAUCAACAGGAAAAUAUCGAAGAACUUGAAAACGAUCAGGACGAACUUACCUCGGAACUGGAAAAAUCUUCACAAGUGCAAGAUGAUGUUCAAGGAACUGGACAAAAAACGGAUCCGAACUUCCCACGAUUGAGAAGAAGUAAUAUAACUUUUCAGAGGCAACAUAUUAUUAUCACAUGUGUCAUCAUUUGUGGCCUUGUGCUUUUCAUUCUUAUUCGAACUCCCGACGUCGGCCUCCUACAAUACAGUCAAUAUCUUUUCGAGGACUUGCUCACACUUUUUGUUUUUCCAAUCGAUGGGUUAUAAGCAGUGAAUUAACAGUGAGUGGGGAUAUACAUAGAGGAGACUGAGAGUAGCAGAGCAUCUUGAGAAACUA